AUGACAAGCACCAUCCACAACACCCCCGCGCCGCCCACGGCCUUUCGUCCGUCGCGCGCCUCGCGCCCUUCCCUCGGCAUUCCUUUCGCUCUCACCGAUUUUGAGAACAUGGUCAACCACGAGCAUGAGGCGCGCGCCGCGCGCCUGUCUGCUGUCCUCAUCGAGCGCUGGGCACCGCCCCACCCGAAGGAGAAGGCGCCGGCUAAGGGCGCCGAGAAGGACAACAACAAGAACGACGAGGACGAGGUCAGCCAGGCCCCCGUCGAUGCCGCCAACGUCGAUAUCUGGGGGAACGACGCCGAGGAAGACGACACCACCGAGGACGACCCGGCCGACGAGCACGAAGACGCGUUCGACAACGAGGUCAGCGGCGAGGACAUGACCGCGGUCGCCUCGUACCCUUCCCUCGCUAUCACUGUCCUCGAUGAAGGCGACGACGACAACGACGACUACUACAUCCACGGCCCCUACGUCGGCGAUGAGGUGCUCGUGGUGUCCGCCCCCGCCACGGGCCCGCUCCCUUCUUUCACCGCUGGCGCUGGCACCGAGUCGGACGACGACGACGACGACGAUGACAUCGUGGCCAUCGCCACCCCCGAGAAGUACAAGAAGAAGCCGAUCCCCGUCGUCGUCGUCCGCGACGACAGCGAGGAUGACAGCGAGGACGACAGCGAGGAGGACUACCAGCGCCGUCGCGAGGCCGUGCUCGCUGGCAGGCUGGCGCGUAAGCGCCGCCGUAUGGUCCUUUAG